UGCUCACACUUGUAAAUAAAUCUGCCUGAGAGAUAAUAACGUGUUGCUUGGCUGAUUAAAUUGCGACUAACUAAAACUAUAUAUUUAUCUGCAUAAAGAUUACAUGAAGUCAGUGUCCAUAUAAGGUUGCAUAAUAGUGUAUUAUUCUUAUAAUUAUUAAGUAGAAAUUGGGGGCUCACGCUGACCUGACCCUGUCAAAUUUUAAAUAUAUCCUCUUUUCAAAACUAAUUUACUUUCUUCCGGCAAAUAUGGAUACAUCUGCUGCUAACAACGAGGAGGAUAUGGAUUGGAAUGUGGACGAGGUGAAAGGUGACCAUGAGAGUGAUGAACACUGGGAAUUGCGUCGAAAUUUCCUUCUCAAGAAUAAGGGCAGUUAUCCGAAACUCAGGCUCUUAUCCCUCUCCCAGGUUUUUGCAAAUCAUGAAUUUCUUGGAUGCAGAUAUCCAGAAGAGACUAUGCAGCUGGUGGCGGAACUAUCAGCCGGAAUUGUAGAGGAAUACCGGACGGCAAGACAGGGUCGACUUCAACGGACUUUUGUCAAGGCAUCCGACGCUGCUGAGCGGAAAUCAAAAGGUAGCAUGAAACGAGUCUGGACACCAACCUCACCAUCAUUCGGUCAGACCAGAUUCACCCCUCCAAUGAAAAUUUUUGUGCGUGAAUCACCAGCACCACCCAGUCUCCCCACGCUUUCAGAAACCUGUGAUACAUUAAGUCCUGUCCCGGAACUCAGUCACGAUGUUGGUGUCGUAGUAAGAAUGGAAAAACAAUUAGAAGCUGCUCUGUCCCAAUAUGGCGAUGACUUGCGUGGCCUUGUGCUGGUCGAUCAAAUAUUCCUGGAUAAAGAAGGAGCCCUCCAGACCAUUAAUCGUUCAUGCGGCAUGUCACACAAACCGCUCAGAGUAGAGUAUGGAACAGAGCCUAAUUGCGGAACGGUCCAAUGUAUCAUAAAAAUCGGGUCAUCUUUUGUCCAGGAGGGAAGAGGUUUCAGCAAGGAGACGGCGAGACAAGAAGCUGCGUCGAGAGUCUUGACGGCGCUUCGUCAGCUUUGCUACACGAUUGAGGUGAAAGCAAAUGUCGUCGCAGCUACAGAGUUUGGAAAAACGGAUAUUCAUAGUCACAGUUUGGGUAAGAAGGAUAGCGACCACUCUCUCACAGAAAACAAUGUCGGCAACAAAUUGCUCCGUCUGAUGGGGUGGAGCGAAGGAAAAGGUCUUGGGAAAGAUGGACAAGGGAUUCAGGAUCCAAUCAGUGCGGCUUCCUCAUCCGAAGUAGUGAAAAGAAGUCGACUUGGUCUCGGCAUGUCGAAUUCAAAUGAAUUUAACUUUGCUACAAAAGUGAAAACAUUUCUCACGCGUCAAAUGUGGCAAUGUGACCAGUUUGAUCUUCAAUUCACUCCAGAAUUCUCUCCCGACGAAAGGAAAAUUAUUCAUCAGAUCGCAGGACAGUUGGGGCUACGCAGUCGCAGUCAUGGGAAAGGAAGUAACCGCUUCCUCGUUGUGUCCCGAAAAGUAGAAUUGGUUCAAUUGGUCCAAGAAUUAUUGACGUUGGGCGAAAGUGCCAAAUAUCGCGUGAUACCUCCAGGCAUUCUGAACCUACAGCAAUCAACUGAUCUCCUUCAUAACAACAACAGCAAUGUCACUAGUUGAAGGUGGCCAAAAUAUAGGCGUGAAAUUAUACUAGAAACUACGAGUAAUUUCCACAGCAUGACUGAGGCCUUAUCAGGGAUGAGACUUACUUUUUAGUAAAUUGAAGAUGAUGUGAUCAACUGCUGGACAAGUACAAACCUUAUACAAAUAUUAUACAUUAAUAAAUCAUGUUACAUAUUAUUA